CCUUGACUUCUUUCUCUUAAACCUGUGUUCCUCAGGUGAAGAGCACUGCAUUCCUUCGGAAAUGACACUACUCGUCUAAUUUCCAACCCAAAAAUUCCCCUCCUCAACCUCAACCCCAACUCACUCUCCUCUCCUCUGCUAUGAGACUCCUCUCCCCCAAAACCCUCUUUCUCUUCUCUUCUUCUACUUGCUCUGCUUCGCGUCCCACUUUUUUUCUUCUCUCCAACUACUAUUCCUCUUCGUCUUCUACUCCAUUUUCAAGGCGUCAGGAGGAAGAGUCCCGAAACGUCAGAGUCUCGGUCUGGUGGGACUUCGAGAAUUGCAAUGUCCCUUCGGGAGUUAAUGUCUUCAAAGUCUCUCGCAACAUCACUGCGGCUAUCAGAGCCAGUGGGAUUAAGGGUCCCAUUGAGAUCACCGCCUUUGGGGAUAUGGUGCAGCUCUCGAGACUUAAACAGGAGGCCCUUUCAGCCACCGGCAUCAAUCUCGCUCACAUUCCUCAGGGUGGGAAGAAUAGUGCUGAUAGAUCUCUUCUUUUAAAUCUUAUGUAUUGGGUUUCUCAAAAUCCUCCUCCAGCACAUCUUUUCUUAAUAUCUGGUGACAGGGAUUUUGCUAGCAUUUUACACCGGUUAAGAAUGAAUAACUACAAUAUACUUCUGGCCAGUCCAGGACAUGCUCCUAGUGUUCUUUGUAGUGCUGCAAGUAUCAUGUGGCAUUGGCAUGAUUUGCUUCGCGGUGAGAACCUUACAGGAAAAUACUUUAACCAGCCACCAGAUGGUCCUUAUGGUUCUUGGUACGGACACUAUAAAGUGCCACUUCUUGAUCCUUAUUCAGAUCUUGAGCAACGUGGGUGUUUACAAAUUGAGGAAUCAUCUGAAAUCAGUAUAGACGAUAAGCCUCAUUCAGUUCCAAAGGCAGUCCUGGCACCCUGUACAGACGAUAAGCCACAUCCGGUUCCCAGUAAAAAUGAUAAGCCUCUUCCAGCUCCAAAGGCAGUUCUGGAGCCCAGUACAGAUGAUAAGCCUCAUCCAGUUCCCAGGGGAGUUCAGAAGCAGAUUCAUCAGAUAGUGAACUUACAUCCUGGAGGACUCUCAAUUACAGAGCUUCGUGAUAAGUUGGCGAAAUGCGGCAUGAAUUUAAGUAAAGACUAUUAUGGAUAUAAAAGGUUUCUUCCCUUCCUUUUAUCACAAAAGAAAAUUCUAAGAAUCAAAACAGAAGGAGAUGGUCGUUACCUUAUAAGUCCGGUCAACCAGAAAUCUCCUGAAACAUCUAGGGACAAUUUAGAUGCUUACACAGAAACAGUUGGUAAUAAUAAUAUUGAAGAUAAAGAUUUCAAUACUCUUUCAAAACUGAGUUGUGAUGAGAAAUCUGUAAAAGUAGGUGAAAAAAAGAAAACAUUACCAAAAUUACUUGAGAAGCAAUCCAUAACUCCACUUGCUGACCUAAAUGUGGAGAAGCCAUUGGAAAAAGCACAAAAGCCUCUUGUGGAUGAUAAUACAAUGGAAAUGGUUAAUAAAGCAGAAUCUGACAGUAGUUUUUCCCCUGGAGAUGUGAAGAUUGUUAAAACAGUUUCACCAGAAUCUGAAGGUUCUUUUUCUCCUGUGUCAGAGCAAGACUCUACAUCUGAGGUUGGUUUUUUAAGAAAAGUUUGGACUAAAUGGUUUGGAAGUAAAAGUGAUGGUUUUGAUAAUAAGACUUCAAAAGAUCAAGAUCAUUCUUGUACUUCUGCUGAUUGUUUUGAGGAUAAAAGCCAUACUACUCCAGUGGAUGACUCUACUUCUGAGAUUGGCGCAAAGAAGGAAAAACAUGAGCAAAUGCAUUUAAAGUCAACAGAUUCUUUUGCUGUUUCAGUAUUUCCUUCAACACAUUCUUUGUCCACAAAUGAGGUGGCAAUGGACAAUAGCACCAGUACAAGUUCGGAGGCUUAUGAGAACAAAACAGUAAAUAGGCCAGGGUUUUUUGAUCGAGUCAAAAAUUGGUGUAAAUUUUGGAGAAAUUCCCCUGAAGAUCAUUCCUCUGAUAGACUAAACCCAAUUAGUUGUCAUUCUGAAAAGCAGAAGCUUUUUCUGAAGGACUCAUUUUGGAGUAGUAUGGAAUCAUUUUUGAAGACACCCAAAGGAUCACUUAUUGUCUCUAAAACAAUGACCAGGGAGCAGUUGGCACAAAAUCUUCAGAGAGAAGGGCCUUUAAGUCAUGAGCUCUUUGGAGAAAAUGAUCUUCUUCACUUGAUUGAUAUAUUAAUAUCAGAAAAGAAAUGGGUGGAAGAAUGCUCCUCAGAAGUUUUCCCUUUCAAACUCACUCAAGUUGGGAAAUCUGAGAAUGCUACUCAUGUAGAUUCAUCACCUUUCACUAAAACAAUUCCACCCAGCAGGUCCAAUGAUGAGGUAUUAGCUGACUGUCAAAAGCUUGUAAAUGAGAUGCUGAAAGAGCACCCUAAGGGAUUUUUUUUAGGUUUCUUUAGAAAACAUUUUCUUGAAAAGUAUGGAUACUAUCUUGAUUUACAGAAGCUUGGUUUUGAAAAGUUGGCUGCUCUUUUAGAGAACAUGUCUGGCGUGAAAGUAGAGUCUGGUUAUGUAAUUCCUUUCGAUAAAGCCCCAAAUAUUACGAGUGUGAAAAGUACUUCUGUCCCUGACAAACAAGAGGCCAAUCAUAUAGUAGCCUUAGAUUGUGAAUCUUCUGAUUCAUCAAAGAAAGGCAAUGGUUCAGACAUGCUGUGGGAUGAACUUGGGCCUGUUGCAUCGCCAAAAUCUGCGACUUCCAAACUUGGAUUGGUGUUGAAGACUGAAGUUGAAUCAAUGGAGAAACAAAUGGAAUUUGACUAUGAGCCUGUCCUUUCCGAUGAUGACUUAUCUGAUUCAGGAGAAACAUCACAUAUGACUCGAGCUGAAGGGGAGAGAAUGGCCAGAGGGGCGGAAGAUGGUAGCUCUCUUCUUCAGAUUCUUGAUUCGUGGUACAGUAGCAAGGGAGGUGACAGUUGCAAGGACAAAUCAGAAAAUGUAAAUGGGUUACUUGAUUUCUCAAAAAACACAGCAAAGUUAUCUGGUUCAUCCGGUGUCAAAGGUCAAACCUCUUUGAAAAGCAUAGUGAGGAAGCAACGGCCUCAGAAAAGCUACUCUUUUGUUUCAGACCAAGUAACUAAUGACAGCAAUGAGAAGCUUGUUGAUGGAAUAUUAGGAAACUUAAUGAAGUCCAAUGAAUCUUUUGCUUCAGACCAAGUUACUGAUGACAAUAAUGAGAAUUUGACCAAUGGUGUGAACUUAGGGAAAUCCAAUGGCGAUGAUGAGGAUCUUGAUGAUGAAAUAUUGGGGAACUCAAGGAAAGUUGAUGAAUCUUUUGUGUCUGACCAAGUUACUGAUGACAGUAAUGAGAAUCCCAUCAAAAGGUUCUCAGGAAACUUAAGGAAAACCAACGAGUCUUCUGUUCUAGACCAAGUUACCAAUGACCAUAAUGAGGCACCCGAUGAUGUGAUAUUAGUUGACUCAAAGAAAUGCAAUGAUUCAAGAAAGGAAGGUUUCAAGGCUCUAUGUGACUGAGAAUACAAGGCAACCGAAGACAAAAUAUCAGUACACUCUAAUUUUCUAAAGGAAUUCAGGUGGUGAUAUUAGUUGCUUUAUAGUUGUUUAGCUAUAGGCUUUCAUUACUGCAUUUUCUUCAAUAGUAUUCUUUUGAAGAUGGAAUGGAGGAUAGGAAAGGGAAACCCAUUAGAGAACAGAGAAUAAAAAGGAAAGUACAUGCAUAAAAAUGAGAUUAUGUACUUUGUUAUAUUCUAUCAAAUUUAGAUUCAAGCCAAAUUUGUGCC